AUGAGGCUUCUUCCACCGCUAGUACUCGGAAUAGUACUCGUUACUGCACAGUUCGAUAGCGAAGAAGAUGGGGACUCUGAGGAGACAUCUAACUGCUGCGGUUGUUGUGGUGGAAAGAAAACAAAGUCAAAGCUACCAGGUGCAGCAGCUGAUGAUAGGGAUUUCGAUUUUCUUAACGUGCGUAGAUACUCCAUCUCAAACCAGCUCGAAGAAAGAUUCAAGGAGCAUACCUAUGCACUCUCAGUUAAACCAAGAAAUGCAAAUGGAAGUCCUGUCAAAGUUAAAGUGACUCUCCUUAUCGAAAGUAUAACGGACGUCUCCGAAGUUAACAUGGACUUGACGAUUACCUUUGUCAUUUAUCAAACGUGGACAGAUCCAAGACUUAUGAUUCCCACAGAUGUGCUGCCUUUAAAGAGUGUCGUACUUCCUUCGCGACUCAUCCAACAUCUGUGGGUGCCCGACACAUACGUAGUCGGUAGCAAGUCCUCUGUAAUUCACAAAACAACGACGGCAAACCAAGCUGCACGUAUUUGGCCGACCGGGCGUGUUUUAUAUUCUCUAAAGUUGACGGCAACAGUGGCUUGCCUCAUGUCACUGCACAAUUUUCCGAUGGAUACUGAGACUUGUUCUUUAUCGUUGCAAAGUUUUGCAUAUGAUACUGAUGAGAUUGUAUUACAGUGGGACGGCACUGCAAUUAAAGACGCACAAGGCAAAGACGAGAAUGCACUUUUCAUGGAUAUAAAUUUAGUCAAUAACAUGCCAAAAUUCAAAAUUAUUGACCACGGAUACAACUACUCAACCACGCUUUUUUACAUAAAAGAAGAGGGCUCUGAUACACCAAAAGAAUAUGAGAAGAGUCGAUUGACUGUGACCUUUGAAUUUGAACGCUAUUUUAUUUCUGUCUUCUUCCAAAGGAUUCGUUUCGCACUACUUUCCUGCGAUGAUCAUGGUCAUGCUAGGUGGUCUUACGAUGUGGAUCGACCCGAAAUCUGUGCCAGCCAGAGUCUCCAUGGGAAUAACAACUGUCCUUACUAUUUCUACGAUAAUAACGGGCCUGAAAUCGUCGCUACCUCGCGUCUCCUAUUUGACGGCGCUGGACAUUUAUUUGUGGACAUGUUAUUUCUUUGUGUUUUCUGCGGUCCUGGAAUUUUGUGUUCUGAACUUUUGAUGGCGCGAAAAGGUCGAGUCAGGGACAAACUGGUCGAGUCCCGCUUUAAAAACGGAUCCCAAUCAAAGAAUGGAGUUGCCCUUGGCAAAGCGACUACAGUGGUUGACGAGAAAGAAGCGCCAGUCGACGAGUAUCCAAGCCAAGGAUUAAAACGGCGACAUAUGAGUCAGCGUAUUUCAUCGAGCCACUCGUUCGACUCCCCACACAGCUUCUCCAAGUCUGCCAAAAAAAUCUAUUCCAUCUUCAAUGUACACGAGAGUCCCGACACGGCAAGGCGACUAGAUUUCUACUUCCGGUAUCUGUAUUUCCUUAUGUUCGCACUCUUCAAUGCGAUCUAUUGGACCCAUGUGAAGAUGGCUGCCGAUUCAUCACGUGAAGAGCUUGCUAAAAACUUCGGCCCUGAUCUUUAG